AUGGACACUGCACUGCGACACGUGCUGAUUUUCCUUCUGAUCAUCCUGAAGGCCGAGUCCAACAUGCCGGACGCUGACUGCAGCUGUAAACCAUCAUUACAUUGUAAACGCGCCAGCAUGGGCCUCACCAGCAUCCCGCAGAACCUCCCAACAUCCAUAUCCGGCUUAGACGUGCACAGCGCAUUUGAAAGUCUACCGCAGCUUCAAGAAUUGUACUUUAACAACAACCAGAUAAGGCAGAUUCGGGUAGAUAUAUUUCAAAAUAUCCCCGGACUAAGAUCUUUACACCUGCACAACAACAAGAUAAGAAUGAUUGAGGCACGACUACAACGAUUAACCCUGAACAACAACCAAAUAACACUGAUCAAGUCAGGCACCUUUGAAAAUCUACUCAAACUGUUCGAGUUGCGCCUGGGCCACAACCAGAUAGAAAUGAUUCAAGAAGAUUUGUUUCAAAACCUACCCGGACUAAAAACAUUAGACCUGUCCAACAACCAGCUAACAAUGAUUCAGAAGGGUACAUUUCAAAAUCUAGCGAAUCUGCAAAUUCUGGAUCUGUCCCAAAACCAGAUAAUAAUGAUUCAGAAGGGCACGUUUCAAAAUCAAGCGAAUCUGAAAAUUCUGGAUCUGUCCCAAAACCAGAUAACAAUGAUUCAAAAGGGUACAUUUCAAAAUCUAGCGAAUCUGCAAAUUCUGUAUCCGUCCCAAAACCAGAUGACAAUGAUUCAGAAGGGUUCAUUUCAAAAUCUGCGCGUCCUGCAGGCAACGGGAGCAGAGCAACACCAACACUAA